UACUCGUGCUGCGCUGCACAUUUCGUCGGGUGUUUGUGCUGUGUGCGGGAACUGACAGAACUGCGGGGGCUGCUCUGCUCCAGUUGUCACGUCUGCUGUCCAAUGAGCCAGUGGGGGACCUGGGCCGUGGUGGGCUGGCUGGCGCUGAUCCUGGCGUCAGCGAGGUCUGACGGCAAUGUCGGUUGCCUCUUCAGCCCCGCCCUGUGUAUCCCUGAAGUGGAAUGGUGCUUCAACGAUGAUGCAUUCGGGCGAUGCCUCCAAGAAAAUGUCGACGAAGAAGAUCUAUACAGGCACGAACUUAGCCCAGAUGAACUGCAGGAGCUGGAAAGAGAGAUGGAAAGACUGCUGAACUUGGGCUACCGCUGGAGCCACAGUUACACCCAAUGUCUUCUCCAGGCCAUGUUGUACGCAUACAAAAUCAGAAUGGUGUAUGAUCCAGAAGUCUGUAAUAAUUUAAAGGAUCAGGAUCUAGCUUCGGCUCUAAAGGCCUUUGAAAGUGACGAGAUGGUGUUGGACCCUCAGAACGUGGCUUUUGUCAAGUUCACCCCCAGUGCCAACAACCCCCAUGCAGAAUUUGCUGAUGAGGUCUACUUCCCGCCUCUACCCCUCGACACGGACUUCCUUCCAGUUCCACCUCCUGUGGACCGAGAUGAGGAAGACUUUGAAGAAGAGGAGGAAGAGCAGCCUCUACCGCUGAUGGAAGUUCCAGUGGUCCUUGAGCCACAAGAAGAAGAAUCCGACUACCCCGGUGUGGGCUUCUCCCAAAGACAGUUCCCGUUCUCUCUAGUCCGCAAGAAAUCUCUACCUCACCGGCGCUCUCUACACUUCAGCACAAAUUACAAUACUCCGGAUGACUUUCGCAGAGGUUACGAGUCGAGGGACCUACUCCCUGACGGAGUUCAAGAAACAUCGGCUUUCUCAGAAGUUUACAACACACCAGACGGCUUCAGAAGUGGGGAUGAGACCAGAGACAGGCACCGUCAGACGGAGCCCCUAGUGUUGUUGGAGUCCGAGGAAUCAAACCAGGUCGACCCUGCAGAGUCCAUCCUGCUGCCGAUGUUGAAAGCUAUCGGAGAUUCGUACCCGAGCCCCCGAGUACAGGAGGAGCAGGAGCGAGAGGGUGGCAGACUUCUGGAGCUGAGCGGGAGGAUGGCGGAUGGGGAGGGGGAGGUGGCCCGAGGCUACACUGAGGGUGGGAUGGUCCUUAUCCCAGACAAACAUGCAGAUGUGGAUCAGAGCCUGAGCGAAUUCCUUGUCGGACUAAACUCGGACAACUGGGGCUUCAAGCGACCUGAAAGGCUUGACGUCAAGAAACCUGGGCCUCCAUUCAAAACUAAUAAUUAUGCUUUCAAGACCCAGACAGAAGAAAAGUCGCAGAUUAGUAAAGUUAACAACGACCAAAAAGAAAAGACACCACAUGACCAUGAUGAUUGUACAGGUGCGAGAGAGACAGAGAGACACCCAGAGUCUGCAGCUCAGACAGAAGCCGACAUCUUGCCACAGGUUCAGUUACAGACUGUGGAGAAACUCAUAGCUGUGCCUCCUCAGAAGAAGACCUACGGUCCAGACCUGGACAUGACAGGCUCCCAACAGUAUGACAUCAUAAACAACAAUUUUGCCUUCAUUGAGUUCAAGGAAAUAAUCAAUACUUGGCAGCAAGGGGAACGAAUUAUAGAGGAGGUAGCUAAACAACUUCAUGUCCCGAAGAACACCUUUGAUGAAAUUCGGGUGGAUCGAAAUGAAGUAACAUUCCGUGUACUCAACAACAACAAGAACCUUAAUGCCUCAACAGUCGCCAAGAAGAUUGAGGACAUCAAGUAUGACCUGAAGCAGAAGUGUGGGGUCACCGUUACAUCUGCUGGGAUUGGAGAUAAGACGAAACUGCCGUCAGUGCUGAGCCUCAACGGUGAUGCCGACUUCGAGUUCUUCGCCGUCGCAUUCGUCGUAUCCGUCAUCUUCAUCACCGUGGUACUCUCCACCAUCCUUCUCCUGCUGGUGCGACGCUAUGUUGCAUCCCGCGCCAAGAUACGCAACCUCACCACGCCCGACACAGAGGCCAGCAAGGAUUAUCAGGAGCUGUGCCGCGCCAGGAUGGCCGCCAAGCCGCCGCACGACACCGCAGCACCGACCGCAGCCUCUCACCGCAUCGCCAGCCUCUCGCGGGAAUCUGACAACAGUCCUUCGUCUCGCUCCAGCACCUCUUCAUGGAGCGAAGAACCAGCCCUCAGCAGCAUGGAUAUAUCUACAGGACAUAUGGUGCUGUCAUACAUGGAAGACCACCUGCGCAAUAAAGACCGCCUGGAAACGGAAUGGGCUGCCCUGUGCGCCUAUGAGGCUGAACCUUGCGCUACCAUAAUUGCCCAGAGGCCUGAGAAUGCUAAGAAGAACCGGUACGUGAACGCUUUGCCGUAUGACCACGCUCGUGUAGUACUCAACGAGCUCUCCAACAUCUCUGGCUCUGACUACAUCAACGCAUCUACCAUAACGGAUCACGACCCGCGCAACCCAGCGUACAUCGCCACACAGGGCCCAUUGCCUCAUACUGCUCCAGACCUUUGGCAGAUGGUGUGGGAACAGGGCUGUGUAGUUAUGGUGAUGCUUACGCGACUCAUCGAGAACGAUGUUUCCAUGUGUCAUCGAUACUGGCCUGAGGAAGGCUCCGAGCUCUAUCACAUUUAUGAGGUUCAUUUGGUGAGCGAGCACUUCUGGUGUGACGACUAUCUAGUUCGCAGUUUCUACCUGAAGAAUUUGAAGACCACAGAGACCCGAACAGUCACUCAGUUCCACUUCCUGUCAUGGCCCGAGGGCGGCGUGCCUGUCUCCACCAAGGCACUCCUGGAGUUCCGUAGGAAAGUGAACAAGUCCUUCAGAGGCCGCUCUUGCCCUAUCGCUGUACACUGCAGCGAUGGUGUUGGUCGCACUGGCACUUACUGUCUGCUGGAUAUGGUACUGAACCGCAUGGCCAAGGGGGCGAAGGAGAUCGACAUAGCAGCAACACUGGAGCAUAUCCGAGACCAGCGAGGAGGCAGUGUUGCCACAAAACAGCAGUUCCAGUUCGUGUUGGCAGCAGUGGCAGAGGAGGUGCAGGCCACACUGCGCAACAUGUCACAGCAGAAAGCAGAGCCACCCCCUGCUACACCCCCCACCGCCACCCAGCCGCCAGCCCAGUAAAAUGAGGAGGUUUGCCCUGCAGCAGGAAGAAUUUGUGGAGAAGACUCUCCUGGUUUCAGCUCAAAUGGUCGCAAAACACUGUAAUAAUGAUUUAGGCCUGAUGUUCAACCGUUGUUCCGUUGGUCACCCCUCACUGUCCCCUUUCGUUCACUUGUUUAUCCCCUGGCGCCAACCUCCUGUUUGGAGCCAUCCAAGGCCUAUCUUAGGUGUUUGUCGUUCACUUUCCCCGUCGAUGUCUGAUCGUUUCCCACCAGUCGUCCUCAUUUCUAGCCAAGAAGAUUGCAGAAGCGGUUAACAACAGAUUGUUUCCAGUGAUAGAUCGAAAUAUUUUUAUAUACGUAUACAUUUAACCUUAAGAAAUUUUAGUUUUAGUAAGAUUUAGUACAAUCACAUUAUAUUUUUAAAAAUCAAAGCAGUCAGCGUACGUGCAGUACAAGUUUGGUGGUGUUUCUUCAACCAUCGAUCUCAGCGUAAUGUCGGUGACGUGUAAAAGACUUAAUGUAGUUUUAUAGUUAUUUCGGUUUUGUUCUGUAAAUUGGUAGUUCUAUUUAUUUUUAGUUUUACAUAAUGCUUAGUUAAUUUAUUGCAUUCAUAUAUUUAGCUUAAUUUUUAACCGCUUAAAAUGUUCAAAAAAGUUUAAAAAAAACAUGUAGUUAAAGUAAUAUUUUUAGAAUUCACUUUCGAUUGUAUACCAGUUUUAAAUUUUUAUUCUCUAUCAAAGAACAGGUACAAAUCCAGUAAAAUAUUUAUCAAUGUAAAAUAUCAUAAAUUUUACUGUAACUUUGACUAAACAAAUUUAGUCUGUGUAAGCAAGGGCAAAAUACUAAUUAAAUUUUAAACAAAGUGAUGCCUUUUGGUCUGUCCUUUUUUACUCGUUUUCCAUUUUGUUAUUUUUUUCCUAAUUCCAACCUAUUAAAAUAAAAGUUGUUUUUGUUAUUCAAUUAUAUAGUUUAUUGUUAAAUGUAGUUAAUAUUAUUAUAUUCAGAUAUAUAUUAAGUAAAUGUAGGUCAUGUAUUUAGGCUAGUAAAUACAAUAUUAUAUGCAUAUAGCUUUAUAUGUCUUACAGGCGAUCUUCUUUUCCUUCUAAUAAAAUCAAAAUAUAUUUUUCUUAUUGUUUGGGUCUGAAAAAUAAAAUAUAUACAUACCUAUAUAUUUUAAAACAUAAUUUUUAGUCAAGUUAAAACGUGUGAAUGUGUGAAAGGCAAGGUUAGGUUUAACUAACACUGGUUCAAUCAAUCAAAAUUGAUUAUUGUAGAUUUGUUAAAAUAGUUUUAAAUAAAACAUUCAAAAAACUAUUAACAACUUUGCAGGAUUGGAGAGAAUUGUAAUGCAGUAACCAUACAGUUUAUUUUGUGAUUAUUAUUAUCAUCUUUUGCAAUGUAUUUCAGCUCACUUAGAUCUAUUCUGAUUAGAAAAUGACUAAAAAGUACAAAUAAAUCACUUGAGAAAUUUAACAGAAAGUUAAUAAUGUACCUGAGUGCAGUAUCUUGUCAGUCAUUUAUUCUUGUAUUCAGUAACUAACUACAAAAAUAUCCUAUACAGUUUUGUUUUUAUUUUUAACAUGUUUCAUAAUUGUCGAUUAAAGAAAAUGAUCGAUCAGCUACAAUAUUCAACAUAUGAAAUUAAAGAUAUUUUUAGUUAUGAUAUGAUUUUCAUUGUUAAAUACACACUUUUAAAACUAAAAAAAUGUAACCGUAGUAUCCAUUAAAGGAGUAUAUUCUUACUGAAAUGUGCAUUAUUAAUAAUAAACCGCAAUAAUGAUCAAAGUAUGAUUUUUUUAAAUUAAAAGGGUUGCUAAGCUCUGAGUAUAGAUUGAAAAGUGUUUUUCAUUCGAAAUACAUAUUUAUUAAGUCAGGUUUCAUUAACAACGAGUUCUGUAUAAUUUUUUCAUGGGUUUCAUUGCAACGACUAAAUUACUAUUUUUGAAAAUGAAAUAAUUAAAGUAAUAGUUCUGUCUUUUGCCAUCUUCAGAAAAAGUUGGUAUUUAAAGUUGGUUCAUUCUGUAAAGCGAGAACUAUAUUGGUGUUUGCUUUUAUCACCAUAUAUAUAGAAUAAAUAUACAUUGGUUGGAUAAUAUUUGUAGUAGACACAAGAUACGUGCCAAAAGUUUUAAUGAAAAAUAUCAACUAGGUGAACAGAAAUCAAUUCUAAUGUUGCUUUCAAUGAGUGAGGACAUCAAGAAGUUUGGGCAUUUUAAUCAUUACAAUCAGUGCUUCGAACCAAAUUAUUAAUAGUUUCCGCAGGGUGUGCAAAUAAUUUAACACUUAUUGAAACCACUGUUCGAUUACAACAGUUAUAGAAGGGUUGUAAAUUAAGCAGCAGUCUGACCUAAAUCCGACAUUUGUCAACAAAAGGCUUACUCCAGAGCUAACCUAUGAACGCUGGAGCAGAACCAGCUCUGCCCAUUACAGCUAUUGGGCAAAUUUUCAUGAUUUUCAAAACUUGACAACCCUUACAACGUUGAUCAUUUUCCGGAUAGUCAACCAAUUUACUCUUUGCACGUGCUGGUCGUUCUUCGUACUUCUUCAUAUGUAUAUUUGCGGUUUCAACGAACUGAAUACAAAAGAGCCCAUAGCCUACUUUGUUAAUACCAUAAUAUUACUAGAUGCUAAUUUUUUUUUCUUAUUUUAAAUCUUCCUCUUUCAUAAAAACAUUUGGGUCAAGGAUAUGUGGGGGAGGUGUCAGUUUUGUUUGACACAAACAUUAAUUAAUUCUUCCAUAAAGCUCAUGACAUAUAUUUUAAGGUUAUAGGAUCUCAGUUACAAGUAUUUAACAACUUAGUGAAUUGAAGUUGUAAGUGAGAUGGAUAAAAAUGAUUCCAUUAAUGGUUGCUUAAGAAAAGUUAAUAAAGAUUGAUACAAAGUUGGAUUGAUUGCCGAUUUUUAUACUACAAACACUGCUCAAAACAGUUAACCUAACCUAGCCUGUAAUGUUACCAAUCAUAGUCAAUUGAAGUGUGAGAUUGUUUGAGAAUGAGCCUCAACUCACUGGCUGGAUGAGAAGGAGAAACACAAGUUAAUUUCACAUCCCACGCCGAGCCUUGUGGCUUCAUUGGACCAGCCCCCAAUGGAACUGCAUCCCCGACCUGACCUAACCUAGCACUGCGCCUCUGCCACCAUCCUAGAGCUCUGCCCACCUUAGAGGAGCCGUAAUGAACAGCUCUUGCUUUCUUGGUUACAAUUAUUAUUAUUGGUUAAUUAAAUUAAAAAAUCGUAGCGGACCUAACUAAAAAUAAAAAUGUUAUUUUUCCACAAAAAUUGUAUUUAAAUAAUGUUAAAAAUCAAGGCCACGUUUAACUUUAUUGUCAACAAGAAUCAUCUGUCAUCCUUUUAAUCAAAAUAUUUGAACUACUCGUUUAUUAAACCAUUAUCUUAAUAAUUAAUUUUAAUUACAUAAUUAUCUGUAAAUUCCAAAUACUGUACUAUACCUGGCAUUUUAUUGCUUACUGAAUUUAAUGAGAAUGUGUGUUUAUAUUUAUUUAUACAUAUUUCCCGAUCCAAAGAGUGUUCUGUCAAAAUAGUAAAGUGACAGCAGUCAGCAGUGAGAUUUUAACUGCAUGAUGAUUUGCCCAAAGACUUAUGCAGUUGAGAAGAAUAUUAUAAAAUAUAAUUUUAUUAAAACUUCCCAUGACUAUUUAUUGAAAUUCUUUUAAAAGGCAGUUAGUUAUUCCUAAAUGUAUUUGUUGGAUCAGUCUGAAAACAAAAAAACUUAAUUUAUGAAUAAAAAGAAUGUAUGCUGUUAUCUAUGAAUACAAAUACAGCACAUUUUAUAUCAGUAACAAAACACUUUCAUAAAUAUGAGCCAAUAAAUGUGCUUGUUUAUUAUUCUUAUUAGACAAUCUUCUAUCAGUGACUUUAUAUGUAAAAAUUUAUAUAAAACACUAAUUAUGAUUCUGCCAUUAAGACGUAAUCAAUGUUUUUUUUUUGUAAAUCUGAGACCCCCGACAAUGGGUAGGAAAAGGCUAAAAAUAUAUUUUACUCUUCCUCCUUAAAAAUGUACUGCUUUAUUUAAUUCAUUUUUAAAUUCAACCGUUCUGACUCAGUUAAUCUGAUUGCAAGUAGUCCGGCCUGUGUCAUCGAUCCAGGAUGGGCAGAUUCUCAUAGGAACGUUUCUGUUUAUCUGCAGUCCCGUUCUCACGAGAAUUCGGAUCUGAGAAGACCCAGAGUCCGCAGUACCUGACAACCCUCUAGCUCCUGUAUCAGUCCUACCAACCUCGUCAAACUUGCAUUACCCUCCUCAUCAAUAAAACAGUUUCAGUAAGUUCAAAUACCAACAAAUCUAACACUUUUCUUAAUCAGUAGUCCUGUAACAAUUUACAUUCCACUUGAAGCAAAUGAUCUGUUAUCAAAUGCUCCUUAAAUUAAGUUAUAAAGUGGUAAAUCAGGUUAAACAAUGAUUAUAUUUGAUUUUCAGUUUUAACUUAAUUUUUGUUUAUUAUUUCUAAUUUAGUUUUAAGCUUAGUUUGUGACUUAAGUUAUAUUUCAUUAGACUUAGUUUAUUUAAUUGUAAAAAUGUUUUAAGACUGUUUAACUUAUAUAGGGACAUUUUUAUACAUGGUUUUAAGGCUACAAAACAACAGCUAUUUGUUAUUUCUCACAAAGAAAAGUUAUUUUGUACUGUCUAUCUCAUAAAUAGAAUAAAGUCAAUUGAACGUACUAAAGCCAGAAAUUUUCAAGGUGCUUAAUCAUAAUAGUAUGUGAUCCUCACAUUAUAUUUUUAUCUAUAGGAAAUUAAUAAAUUAAAUAAUACUUUCUACAGUUGGAUUAGGGUACUAUGUCUCCGUUAGUGAUGAAUGGUGUUUUAAAAUGUGCUGUAAGGUCAUCUUUGAGUUUAUUUUCGUAUAAAUAUUGAUGUGGGAACAUUGUAAAUGCGAUCAUUUUCUCAUUCUGCUAUACUAUCCGACAUCUAUUUGUAUUUAUGAACAAUUCCGAAGACAUUCUAAAAGAAAUUCUGGUGACAGUGUUUCCGGAUGGGCAUGUUGGUAGCACUGGUACAUGCCACCGCCUCUCCUACACUCCUCUGUCUUAAAUUUUAUAGUUAGGUUUCACAUCCAGAAAUCUCUAUUUUUGUGGUAAAUGUGGCAUGCACACUCCCUAGCACAGUGUUGUAGUACUGCUAUUGUACCGUACUGAAUAUUAUUUAUUGAAUAAAACAAUGUACAACAGCA